AUGGGUGCAGAAACUGGUUAUUAUUUUCUCUUUAUCUCUACUAUUGGGGUCUUUUACAUGUUUGGAAUGGGAUAUUUUUUGAGCAAGGAUUAUAAUUAUAUACCUAUUGAAGAUAAAGUGGAUCAUGCGGAUGUCUGCUAUUGAACUGGAGUCAUUUAUCUGGCUGUAGCAAUUUCUUGUAUUAUUUACUUAAAGAAAUUCGCCUCAAAAGAUCAUAGCUUCGAUUAUCAGACUGAUUUGCAAGGAAAAAGCCGUAUUAGAAUUGGUCCUCAUUUACGUUAA